CGUUGGCUUCAGUUGCUGAGUGUGCGUUGAACGAUGAAGAUCGCGAAAUUCGCCAGAACGAUAGGAUAGUAUUGCCGUUUUCUGUUAUUUUUUUAAUGAUAGAUUGGAACAGUGAAAGUGAGAUUUGAGUGGGUGUGCUGGAGGUAGCUGUGGUUUCACACCGGAUAUUGCUAAUUAGUUGAACCAUGAUGAUCGAAAGACGAGUUUUGGUAUUUAUAGUGAUUGGAUCGCUGAUAGUGAGCGCUGUGGCUGGUUUAAUUGCGAAAGAUUUGGAACAAAAUGAUGAUGACAUAGAUACAAUCGAUAGAAAUCUGGUUGAAGGGGAAGAUAAUAAAACACGCGAUUUACCAGCUAAACUUCCGCGGAGGAGACAGCCGUUUCGAGAACUCAAAGCUGAACGUGAGAAGAAACACCGGGAUUUUAACCACGUCAGAAGAAAGCGAUUUAUUGGCCAAAUGUUCAAUCCUCCCAACAAAGCAUACCAGGAAUGCGUCACUCCGAAUGGAGAGAAGGGACACUGCAAACGAUACCAACACUGUCGUCUACAGGAUUCCAAAGACAUAUGGAAGAUGCUUGGACAAUUAUGUGUAAUCGAAAAUAUAUCUAUCGGAGUAUGCUGUCCGGAUAACCGUACGGAGGGUAUUGGCCCGGAGUUUUCCGUUCGCUUGCCAGCACAGGGUGACGACGGGUAUGAUCCUGUCGAAGGACUAGACGGCGACGGCAGUAAUGAUGAAGGGAGAGACGCAAAAACCGAAGAGCGAGGCUGUGGAAUAUCGACCAAGCAGGUGCCGAAGAUUGCCGGAGGUCGUCCAGCGGAUCCUGGAGAGUGGCCCUGGAUGGCAGCGCUGAUCACAAACCAGGCGCAACAAUCAUUUUGUGGAGGAGUUCUAGUUACCGACAGACAUGUGUUGACGGCAGCGCACUGUAUGCUGAAUUUGAAGAUCAAUCAGUUUUUGGUGCGUUUGGGGGAGUACGAUUUCACUCAGUACAAUGAAACAAGGUCGAGAGAUUUUCGGGUGACUGAGAUUAGGAGUCAUUCCGAUUUCGAUCCCGUUACUUAUGAGAACGAUAUUGCACUUUUGAAGCUAUUCAGACCUUCGUUUUUCAAUUCGUACAUUUGGCCGAUUUGUAUGCCGCCACUCGAUGACAACUGGAACGGUUACAAGGCGGUGGUCGUUGGCUGGGGAACACAGUUCUUUGGCGGACCUCAUUCGAUGAUAUUGAUGGAGGUGACAGUUCCCGUUUGGUCCAAUGCGGAAUGCCAGGAAGUGUACAUCAAUCGAAUCUAUGACACUAGCCUAUGCGCGGGAGAUUAUCAAGGAGGGAAGGAUUCAUGUCAGGGAGACAGCGGAGGUCCCUUGAUGGUUCAGCUUCCAAACAAACGAUGGGUUACCGUUGGGAUCGUUUCCUGGGGAAUAAGAUGUGGCGAAGCAAAUCAUCCCGGCAUAUAUACCCGCGUUAGUUUGUACGUCAGAUGGAUAAUCGAAAACGCGGUGUUUUAAGAUUGCAUUACGAUUAGCGACUACCCUGGUGCGGAAUGACAGUAGAGUAACGAUUAAAUACAAAUUUGCAAAAGUAAUUAUCUUCAAACUCAAUCAUUUAAUCGAGUUCUUUACUAAGUUGCGUGAUUGAUGCCAUUGUUCAACGAAUGACAAGGUAUCAUUAUAAUGGAUAUCGUGGCGAGAAAACCAUUUCCCUGAGAAUAUAGCAUCAUGUCGAGACGUGAAACGGAGAUGUUCGAAUUAUCCGUAAUUGGGAAAAAAUAAUGAGAUUAUAAUAAAUAUUAUUCUGAUAUGAUUG